CAAAUAAAAACAUCAAGUUAAAUCCUUGAACAAAUGGUUCACUAAGAGGGAAGGGAAGGGAGCGCUAGUAUUCCGGGUGCUGAACACCCUUGGGUGGACACAGCUGGAAGGAGCGACAGAAUUUCCCACAGCGAUGCUCUCGGGCUGUCUGCAUCCCGAUCCUACACUGACGGAGCUUCUCUUGUGGCUCAGAAAACUAGCCAGGAAAUACUGAAAUAUGGGGUCAGAGGUUAACUGCUAGUAUUUGAAAGGAAGGUUUGGUCAGUACAAGGAACCACAUAUACAGAACACUUACUCAACUUCCAGUCUAGAAAGUUACCUGCAUGAAAACUAAAAUAGGCUCAUGAGGAAUUUAAUUUACAGACACACAGACUUUUCAAGAGAUGCUGACCCAUUCCCUAAGUCAUCUGUCAAACACUUCCAAACCUAUAAACAUUAAGAGCCUGGGGUGUGGAAAGCAGGCAAGGUCACGCUCUCCUCCAAGCCAUACCCUGACUAUACAAGGACAAAACCAAGAGUAUCUUUGAAUGUGGGGUGCUUUUAGAGGCUAUGGUGACAGGCCACUGAAUUCAGAGUGAGGCUUCUGAUGCUAAACAGAUCUACCACUAGAAGGUGACUAGAGCACACUGGAUACUGGGGAAAGACUGUAUGUACCUUCAGUGGCCAGCCCAUCUGGGGAAUUAAUCCUUCGUUGGGUGGGGGUGAGGGAGCUGCUUUUCUGGCCUUCCUUGCAGCAGGGGACUGGUGCAGCACCUUGGUCUGUUGCCAAGACUGGAAUGACCCAAAAGAACAGGAGGCUUUUUGCUAAGUGCAGGCAUAGACACCAAGUGGCUAUCGCGGUAGACUGGUGAGUGGAAGGUGCAUUAUGACGAGUGUGCAGCACUGAGUGCCCGGAGGGAGCAGCCCAGCACAGCAUCACACCAGUGUACAGUGCCACUCAAGCACUUCCCAACUCUGAGCUCACAUGGCUCUCCAGGCGCCAUCUCAAACCUUCUUAACAGGUCUCCUUUUGCUGGAUCAGCCUGAGUCAGUUCCUGCUACUUAUGGAGAACCACCUGACUGACAGGCUGAGCGUGUGUGUUGACGGUGGGGGCUGUGUGUGACUCAUACCCAGAACACAGACCAGGGGCACACUCAAUUUGCUUGUCAACACUAAGGAGUCCAAAUUAAAGCCAGGUGGACAUGCUUAACAGCAGCCACACACUUCUUCACCAUACUAGGAUGUGUUGACCACUAUUUUUUCUCCCAAGCCUACAGGAAACAUGGCCUGCGGCUGUUCAGGUUUAGCAAUUUCUGGCCUGAGAGGCUCUCCACACAUGACCACAGCAGCAACAAGAGCACUCAUGAGAACCACAUGACUUCCUGGGACAUGGCUAGGUAUAAAGUGAACCUCCACACAGAACGUUAAAUGCCUAUGAAAAUUUCUAAAAUACACAUGUUUAGAAAAACCAACCAAAAUCUCAACUUUAAAUGGUGAAACUUGUUAGAAACCAUGUUUACACAAUUUCUAAAAGUUCCUGCUUGUGCUUCCUUAAUAAGAGUUCCUCUUUACUUCUUCCUUUCUGAAAAAGGAGGACAAGGAAGGCCAUCCUCUUGAGUACAUGCCCAGCACAUGCAGAGUGAUGGGCCCUGUGAGCACAAGCAAGAUCGGCCUCCCGCUGGAAAUCAGCCUGAUCCUAUUUCAUGUCGGUGUGGUGGGCGCCUGCACUGUCUCUGUGGUGCAGCCUCGUUACCUCGAGGUGGACUACACUUCUGAGACUGUCACCUUGGAGUGUACCUUUUCCACAACUGGAUGCUCUUCAAAGCAACCAAGAAGCCUGUGGUUUCGCUGUGGCGCUCAUCAGCCUGAGGCUCUGUGCUUGGAUGGAUGCAGGAAUAAGGCAGACAAGUUCACAGUGGAAGAAACCCUGGACCAGAACCGAGUCUCCCUCACUGUCAACAGGGUGUCUCCAAAUGACAGCGCAGUUUACAUCUGUGGAAUAGCAUUUCCACAUGAGCCAGGACCGAGAGCUAAACAGACUGGAAGCGGGACUGCACUGGUGAUAAGAGAAGGACUUCUCAGCAGGGAGGUGCACAGUCUCCUGAUAGUGAUCAUAGCACUGUUCUCCGUCUACAUCGCCGGGGUGUGUGUCAUCUUCAUAGUCCUCUUCAGAUCAAAAUCUAACAGUUCAAGAAGCAGAGAAACCAAAGAAGACUCACAAAAGAAGAGUGCUCGGCGCAUCUUUCGGGAAAUUGCUCAAGAAUUAUACCAUAAGAGAUAUGUGGAAACAUGCCAACAACCUGAGAGAGACGGCACUUACGAAAACAGAAGAGCACUUCCCACCCCUGGAAGACCAUAGAGGUACUUACUCUCUAUCGCAGCGUGAAUGGACACAAAUCAAUCAAAAGCACCAAGGAAAGCUGGGGCACAGCUUAGGUGGCAGAGCGCUUGCCUAGCAGGCACAAAGCCCUGGGUCUGUCUGAUCCCCAGCACCACGUAAACUCAGCAACGUGACACACACGAGGCCAUAAUCUUGACAUUUUGAAGGUUGAAUAAAGAGAAUCAGAGAUUCAAGGUCAUACUUGAGUAGAGGAUGAAUUUUAGGCCAGAGAUAAAUGUCAUCCUGUCCCAAAACAACUGCCACCAUCAAAAGAAAAAGAAGUGGAAAAGACAGCCAGCCACACCAGAAGACAGAGCGUAAGAAACUGUCACUAACAGUACAAAAUGAAAACCUCAAAAAAAUUUAACUGGAACUUUUCCAGGAACAGUCUAAAGAGCCUCAUUUUAAAAACACAAAAAAACAAAAAAAAACUUCAUCUUAAUAGUCUUUUAAAAUUGUUAUGUAUAUCCUGUCAGUUCACUCAACAUAGUGUAGAUAUGUGACGGCCAAGAACCUGGAGAAGGCUUAGAGUUGAACCACAGAUCUGAAUUCUGCGGGAAUAAGUGUCUUCCUGAGCUGUGGGAAUGACAAAACAACGAGAAUCAAGGGCGAGGGGGGCAAAAGGAGGGAGGAGAAGGGCAACUUUUGAGUAACAGAAACUCACUGUAAAAAGUAUCUAGGAACAAAAAUCAUUUCUUCUGAUAUUGAAAUGGAGCAAUAGCAGUGCACAUUCUCCUGCUGAAGUAUGCAGAACAACCAAGAAAAGCAACACCAAAAGAGAGACUAGAGGCAGAAUACAAAUCGGGAAACCCAAAGCAGAUCAGAAAAUGCCUCAGAACAAAUGCAUACAACUGACUCUAGAUGUCAGUAUGGUGACAAAGACUUCAGACCCACGGAGUGCCAGGACCACUGGUGGGUUUAGAUGGAGGGCCUGGUACAGCAAGGUCCUCACUAUUUCACUAAGAGGUAUGCCAUGGAUUGUUCUUUGAAUAUAAAGUACUGACAAGCUCACAUUGCUCACUAAAUUCAAUCACAGUAUAUUCUAUCAGUAGUUUCUUUUAAACAGGUACUAACUGCCACACACUCUUCUUAAAACACAGAUACAGUCAGUCCUCACACACUUCAAAGUUUCUUUGGAAGAGUCUGACCCUGGUGGCUCAAAUCUGUGCUAUCCUGAUAACAUGUGUCCCCAAAACAGCAAAGAGCAGGUGACCUCUCUUUACUUGUGUACACACGCACACACACGGUACACAUGUAUUGUGUGUAGUAUGUAUGUAUAUGUAUGUUAGCAACUGCAAAAGAAAUAAAACAGUGGUAUAUACAGCAACACUUUUGUUGGCUGGUUAGCUGUUUGAGAUUUUUAUUUUUUCAUUUCUAUGUAUGCAUGUGUCUGCAAGUGCCCACGGAGGCCAAGCGAAGAUAUCAGAUUCUCUGCAACUGGAAUGACAGGUAGUUGUGAUCUGUCCAAUGUGGGUGAUGGGAACAGUACUUUUUUCUUGUGUGUUUUUUGUUUGUUUGUUUGUUUGUUGUUUUUUGAGAUAGGGUUCCUCUGUAGCUUUGGAGCCGGUCCUGGAACUAGCUCUUGUAGACCAGAUUGGCCUGGAACUCACAGAGAUCUGCCUGCCUCUGCCUCCCAAGGGCUGGGAUUAAAGGGGGCACUCUUAACCACUGAGCUAUUCCCCUCCCUUCCUUUCUGACACAUGACCCCACAUAGCCUAUGAACUCAUCAUCUUUCUGCUACCAUACUCCAAAAUGAACGUCCUAUAGACUCCAAGAGGCAAACCCCCUCAACUCUGAAACUACCAGUUUAAGCAAAAUAAACAAACUUCUAGACCAGAAUACAGAAAGGGGCAAAUACUAACUCCAUUAAGAGUAGAGUACUGGAUGUAAGUAUCAUUCGUUUCUGCCAGUGACUGUGCUCUUGUACUGUUUCCAGGAGACAAAUUCCUGUAUUGGGAUUGAAGUCUAAUAUGCCUUUCCUGAAGAAUGAAUGCAACUGCCUCUAAGUUGAACUUUAAACUGAAACUGGGAAGGUAUUUUCAGAGGAAGUACCUUACACAUCUAUUCCCAACAUUACACACAAGACGGCCCAACACUCAGUGAGCUGGCUAUUCUAAAGGCCUGCCCUGCACUCUGUCCUUGGGUUACACUGAGUUUGCUCUCUCCCAACCUCACCAUGUCUGUGUCUUCAUGCUUUUACACAGACUCUUGUGUGAGUUUGCAACAGCUAUGAAGAUACAGCUCAACAGAAUGAGCAAGGUCCUGAGUUCAACCCCAGGACUGUAAAAACAAGACAACAAACACAACAGCUCAACAACGCACACACAAAGCCUUCCCUAAGUCCCAGUUAAUGAGCUCUCCUUCUUUAGUCCCAUCAUACUUUACCCUGUCUCUUUACAUUACCCCAACAUUGCCUGUUACAGCUACAAUCUAUAAUAGAAUCACAACUAGAAGCACAGUGUUCAUUUAUCUUGGUAUUUCCACUACCUGGCUCUUCCCAGCAAAGAGGCCUUCAAAUGACUUUGUAUGAAUAUGAAUGAACAGUAAUUCUAUUUUAAAACUUCUUUCGUUUCAACUAAGAUGAUAAACACUUCACUUCCUUGCCGCCACUGACCUUUCUCCAGAAGCUACUAGCUGAAUCCUUUCUUGCUCCCUGGGCAUCCAGAGAAUUUUCCCUGUUACAUACUAAACCAUAGUCCCCAUGUGACUGGCGUCUCCCAUGACAGUGAAGAUGAAUGAUGUCAAGAUGCACCUUAGUCGGCUGCUGUCACUGUGACAAAGCAUCACAGGCUUUGUGGCUUACAAGCAGCAGAAAUGUCUUUUUCAGACUUCUGGAGGCUGAAGUGGAAUCAGAGUCCUACAAGGUGGGUUCUAAUUAGGUCCUUCCUCCAAACUGCUGAAGGCAGAGCGUGAGUUCUGGAACCACUAGCACAGGCCAAUGACCUAGUCAAC